AAUGGCCACGCAAGCGACUGGAAUCACAACAUUGCAUUUGAAGUCUCUCUACUCGCCCUCUUAUCAUUUAAUUCCAGCUGUUUAAUUGACCCUUUCGCAUUGAGGAUGCUUCUAACUGUCGCUGAGGGGCAGCAAUGUUACAGAAAACGUGAAGUCUUUACUUGCGUGUAGAUGAAAACAUGCUGCUGGUCGCUGUGAAAGCUAACCGACAGCAACACGAACUAGCUAGCAAACGGCUGUUCGGCUGUGAUGUCUGUCACCGUGGAAAAUGACAAGAAGACGAGGGAGACGGUUAGCUAGUUAACAGCAUGUGACACACACACGCACACAAGCUGUCUGCUCACACACACACACACACACACACACACACACACACACACACACACACACACACACACACACACACACACACACACACACACACACACACAUACCUCCUCCCCUCCCCAAAAACAAAGUUGGGUGUCAAAGAUGCCUCGUCUGGAAGAGCUGGCCAACGUUGUCCUCAGGGUGCCGAGCAUACUGGUGCUGGACCUGCUGUACAAAUGUGACAUUGAAGGCUUAACGGAGCACCUCAGGGCCAAGAAUGACGACAUGCUCUUCAAGUACAAAUAUGUCAUCUGGAACAUGUACUACUUUGGUCAUCUGCUGAACGUGGUGGUGUUGGUUCUGCCGUUGAGACACAUUGUGACGCUCUACCUGCAUAUCCUCGCUGCUCUUCUCCUGUACAUGGGGCAUCAGAUUUCCAAGGAUUAUGUUCGCGAGGAGCUGCAGAGCGGUUAUGAAGGAGCGGUGUACCUUGAUUCUCUGGCCUUCAACAGAUUUGUCUCUGCAAUGACGAGUCAGAUUAUUCUCAGCACGCUGUGUGCCUUCCUGAUGAAGACCAGAAAGGUGUGGUUGUUCUCCGCUCACAUGCUCCCCCUGCUGGCCAGACUCUGCGCCGCUCGCCACGCCACGCUGCUGGCCGCCAACACUUUCUCCUUGGGACUGACUGGCGCGGGAAUCACCGUGUUCCUCCUCUCGCAUCUCUUCGUGCCGUAUCGGCUCGCAAAGGCCGCCUAUUCAGAGCUGCUGCAGCUGGAGGUGAUCGAGCUGUACCGACUUCUGGCUGUGGGAAUCUCCCUGUGGAACCAGUUUGCCGUCCCAGUGCUCUUCAGCGUCUUCUGGUUUGUUCUGUUUGUCGUCCAGCUGUGCUCGGACACCAUGUCUCGAAAAACCUCAGCAGGCCAUCAGGGAAUCAUGUUCUUUCUGCUCACGAGUGUCUCCGAAUGUUGUGCCACUCCGUACUCUCUUCUGGGUCUGACCUUCGUGGUGUCCUAUCUCGCUCUUGGGCUGCUUAACCUAUGCAAGUUCUACCUGGGAGGUUAUGCAGCGGUUCAGAGCGAGAACGUCAUGCACAGAGGUGUGACCGAGGGCGUCACUCUGCUUCUGCUCGCUCUUCAGACGGGCCUGUUGGAUAUGCAGGCGCUGCAGCGCACCUUCCUCCUCAGCAUCAUCCUCUUCAUCGUGGUGACCUCAACCCUGCAGUCAAUGAUUGAAAUAACAGACCCGAUUAUUCUGGCCCUGGGUGCGUCCCGCAACAGGAGUGUGUGGAAACACUUCCGUGGCCUCAGCAUGUGUCUGCUUCUGCUUGUGUUCCCCGUGUUCAUGGCUUAUAAAAUAUCCAAGUUCUUCCACAUGGACUUCUGGCUCCUUAUCCUGGUGUCUAGCUGCAUGCUGACUUCCCUUCAGGUUACAGGCACGAUGCUGAUCUACUCCCUCUUCAUGGUGGAGCUGUUCCGCAGCGACCCCAUCGAGAGCCUGGACGAAGUGAUCUACUGGGUGAACGCUGUCAGCAGGGUGCUGGAGUUCGUGGUGGCGCUGUGCGUGGUGGCGUACGGCACCUGGGAGUCGCUGUUUGGCGAGUGGAGCUGGAUGGGCGCCUCCGUCAUUAUCAUCCACUCGUACUUCAACGUUUGGCUCAGAGCUCAGUCCGGCUGGAGGAGCUUCCUGCUCAGACAGGAAGCGGCGAAGAAGAUCAACUCCCUCCCCAGAGCCACGGCUCAGCAGCUGCAGCAGCACAACGACGUCUGUUCCAUCUGCUUCCAGGAAAUGACCGUGGCUGUGAUCACAUACUGUGGACAUUUCUUCCAUGGCAACUGCCUCCGCAAGUGGCUGUACGUGCAGGAGACCUGCCCCAUGUGCCACCAAACAGUGCGACCCAUCCCCAGCCCGGCUUCAGGCGACGCCCCGGCAGCUCACACUCCGAGAGACGCGGGGCCGGAACCGGCUGCACAUCAAGAGGGAGCUCAGAACCAGGACGGCGGCUCUUCCCAGGAGACGCAGAGCAAAGCUGCGACUCCUCGUCCCACCGAGCAGCAGAAGGAGGAGGAGGAGACUAAAAGCUUUGAGGGGGGAGAUAAAGACCAACCAGCUGAUACUCACGGGGAAGCUGUCCACGGUCUUCGUUUCAGCUCCAGUGGAGACUUUGUUGGAUUUGUCAGCCCAGUGUCCAGCUGCUCUUCAGGGGACAUUUCUAGUUCCCAUGUGCUGCUGGGUAAAACCUCUCCUAACAUGAACAACGGAGGCGAGGACUCACCGCCGUCAUCGACUCGCAACGAUGUGAAUGAGCGUGCGGUGGAGGACCAAUCUGACUAAUGGAGCAGAACUUGUAGACAGCAGUACUUUUUCUGUCCUGGAGAGCCACGAAACGGUGUUUGCGAUGAACACUACAGCCGUGAAGGUACAUCUAAAUCAUGGAAGAACCGUGGCUCACCAGAAUCAAACAAAAAUCACGAGGCAUCUGGUACGAGCCUUGUGGAUCGCCAAACGUCUGUCAAAUUGUGUAAUGGAAACUCAGAACUCUUAGACGGCGUUGAUGGUCCUCAAAGUCAUAAAGGUAGAGGCACAUAUUCAGACUUGAAGCCAUACGGACUCAAAGAGGAUGAUAGUUUCCCACAGACGCCCCCGUCCUCCUCCGAUGCCACCUUCUCUUGCACAAGCACAGACAACAGUGACUGACUGCCCUGCACCAGUGCCUUGGAAGGGAGUAAAAGGGUGAUUCCUCCACAAUGGGGAAUCAAAACACAUUUGCCUUCUCUCUGUGAACCAAUCAAGAAAUGUCUUUUUACCAGACAGUGUAAUGAAUGUGCUUCAAUUUCGGCAAAUAACAUGCGUCCGGAUUGAAUGCAGAGACUGGAUUAUGUUGGGUUAAAAUCGCACCCUUAUUGUACAACUGUAAAGAAAAUGUAAAGAGAAAAAGUACAGAAAAAAGAUAAAUAUAUAAUUCAUAGAAGUUAUGUGUAACUAUAAAGCAAUUAUCUUGCAUCAAUAUUUACCAAACUCGAGCAGAUUACAAGUAAAGAUAUUUAAUUUGAGAAAUUGCAUUUGAUUUAUUCUCAUUUUGUUCCAGUCUUUCCCGUUGUACUUGUGUCUUGCAUUUUUGUGGCAAAAGGAAAAAAUUCAGCAUUUGUCAGCAUUUGUCUUUAAUCAUGAAUCAGCCUUUUAUACUGCGACGGUUCUGUCUCCCAGUAUUAAAUUACUGCUGUGAACAUGUACUUUUUUCCUGUAGUUUCAAAAUUAAUGACAGGUGCACAGGGAGGUUGACAUUGCGUGCCAUAUUUAUGAAGUCUAAACAGAAUAUUACUCGAUAAUCACAAAAUGCUAGAAAUAGUAUUUCUCUUUAAAUACGUUAUGCUUGUUCUGACUUUUCGUUCUUUGCUAAACAUUUUGGCAACGUGCUCCCUAACACACCGCUACUGUAGUCAUGUAUGAAGGAUUUUUUUUUUAAAACAAUUUUAUAUUCGCCAAUUUCAAUUUGUGUUGUGUUUUUCCUGGAAUUCUUUUUUUUAAUGUCAAAUAUUAACAUGGAAAUUUCAUUAAAACUAAAAUUGUAUACAGUAUUCCUAUUCUGCAAUGUUACACGGCUCCAUGUCCGCUAUGUAGUAAUUUAAUUAAAUGACAAGUAAGCACAAUAUCAGCAGAAAUAAUUAAGUGUCUCUGGUAUUUAGCCCACACUCACUUAUAUAAAUGUGAGUAUAACCCAGUACAAUUGAACAGCAUAUUGAAACUACACCUGUCGAAAACAGACUGUUGUAUUAGACUGCAUUAGUUUUAGCCAGGUGUACUAAUA